GACCCAGACCCAAGACCCAGACCCAUACCAUACCAGACCGACCAGAGCAAGGCAAAGGCAAAGGCAAAGGCAAAGGCAAAGGCAGAGAGGCAGCAAGCACCAGGCAAGGCAAACAGGAAACAGGCACACACUUCUCCUCAGUUUCAGGGCCCGCCCUUCUUUCAUUCUCUGCUUCUUCCUCCCAUCCUCAUCUCUAUCCCUGGGGCAGUCGGUCCUCUCUCAUCACCAUCAUCGCCCUUGGGAUUAUUAUCCCUUGUUGUACUUGUCGAUUCCCCUCCUCUUGGCUAUUGGCAUGUUUAUCUAGCAAUAUACAUCCUUCCCAUACCUGACUUAAGCCUCCUUCCAAUCGCUGCAAGCCCAAGUCCGCUCUUAGAAUAGUGCCUCUACAUUCAUCCGACCUCGAAACCCGUUAAUAGUAACGAAUGUCAGCAACAUAUCUGAUCCGUGACUUUUUAUCUGAUCCCUCUACCCACUCCUAGUUAUCAGCCUCCUUUCGCUCCGCUCCCCCGCAGAUCCCUUUACCAGUCAACGGCAGUGCUCGAAAGCUAAUUUCUCAGCCACACUCUCUAUAAUACAUAUAUCCUUCGACUCUCCCCGGCCAUAUAUAAUCAGCUCCCCGUCCCCUUCGAUUCGCCUACCUAUCCACGAACUUGUGUUCGAUUAACCUGGAUAUUGCUCCCGAGAUACUUGAAGGAAAAAGGUCCGCCGUGACCCUGUGAAAGGCACUCAUGUCCAACAUGUCGUCUCCAGCCCCCCUUUUAAAGAUACCGACUCCGGGUUCCAACCGCAAACAAGCACCUCGUCUCAAACUGGGGAUCCCAGGAUCGCCCAAGUUGAACCCUGUAAAUUCAACUGGAAUUGGCACAAACUCUGGUCCGGAUGUCCCCCAACUGUCUCAACCACGUCCUGCGCGCCCAGCUCCUCCUCAGCUGAGGUUAGCCACACCCAAGGGAAGUAAAGGAACUCCGCAAGAGGCAGGCCCUCUGCACAAUGGACGACCAUAUAUGCCACCCUUGUCGGGUUCUUCUGCAACUACCUACAAUAGUGACUAUAGCAACCACUCAAGGUCGGGAAGCUUCACCACAUACGAUGGCCGGGCCAGUGGGCCCACCUCAGCUACAUCUUCGAACUAUUCUGCCUUAUCUUUCGCCAUGGGUUUGAGGCAACCUCCAGGAGGAACCCCUGACCCCACUUCUGCUAUCAGCUCGGUAUAUUCCGACCGGGGGGAUGGUGGCUUAUCGAUGGAAAGAGAUAACAGCGUGAAUGGUUUGCUACCGGAUCUAGAGAAACUGAGUUUAGAGAAAGGGCGGCCGUUAGAUGUGGAAGACCUAGACGAUGAAGGUUGGCUGGCCGCCAGCUCUCAAAAGAAGAUCAUUGAGCUUGACAGUCUUGGUGAGGGAGCUGGUGGUGCCGUCACGCGUUGCAUGCUGAAAGGUGGGAAGACAGUGUUUGCUCUAAAGAUUAUCACCACAGAUCCAAACCCAGACGUUAAAAAGCAGAUUGUUCGAGAACUGAAUUUCAAUAAAGACUGUGCAUCGGAACAUAUUUGCCGGUAUUACGGUGCGUUUAUGGACAAGUCAACCAGCACCAUAUCAAUUGCUAUGGAAUUUUGCGAAGGAGGCAGCCUGGAUAGCGUUUAUAGAGAAGUAAAAAAGCUUGGAGGACGGACAGGAGAGAAAGUUUUGGGUAAGGUAGCUGAGGGCGUAUUAAACGGCCUCACCUACCUACACGGGCGUAAAAUUAUUCAUCGAGAUAUCAAACCUUCCAACAUUCUAUUAUGUCGAAAUGGCCAAGUCAAGCUUUGUGACUUUGGAGUCAGCGGCGAAUUCGGCACCAAGGGCGACGCAAACACAUUUAUUGGCACAUCUUAUUACAUGGCCCCUGAGCGAAUCACGGGCCAAUCUUACACCAUCACGUCCGAUGUUUGGUCUCUUGGAGUAACGCUUCUCGAAGUAGCUCAACACCGGUUCCCAUUCCCUGCAGAUGGAACAGAGAUGCAGCCACGUGCAGGCCUGAUAGACCUUUUAACAUACAUUGUUCGUCAGCCAAUCCCACGUUUGAAGGAUGAACCUGAAAACGGCAUAAAAUGGAGUGAAAACUUCAAAUAUUUCAUUGAGUGCUGUUUGGAAAAGGAGCCACCAAGACGAGCAACACCAUGGCGGAUGGCAGAACAUCCCUGGAUGCUCGAAAUGAAAACCAAGAAGGUCAAUAUGGCACAUUUCCUGAAACAGGUGUGGGGCUGGCAAGAUUAGAGCAUGUUGGGCAACUACAAAUGGACGGUUGCCAGCACGCAUACUCCUCCUUCCCUUCCUACCAUCCUUAUUCUAAGACUCGCCAACUUGGUUCCAAUCUACUACAACUUCACCGCGACAUACCAUCUAUCUAUCUUGUCCCGCGCUUACUGGGACAUCACACUUUUAACCUGAGCCACGUGCCCCGUCAUUUAAUGAACAAAUUAUCCUUAUUUAACGGGCUACUUGGUCGCGUCCGUCUUGACGUCACAUUUCAUGAAUUGUCUGAGAUGAUUUUUUCUUUUCUAUUUUGCUGCAUUUCGUUUUCGUGUUCUUGCGUUUUCUGACUUUUAAUUUCUCUCAUGGCUUCCACAUGACCACGAAUCUCGCUAUACAUCUCCUUUGUUUUAUUAAACUGGCAGCCUGUUGUUAUUGCUGGGCUGAAUCUUUGGAUUAACCGUUCUGUAUUUUCCUCUUUUUGAUUUAUCUUCACCUCACACUACCACCUCUUCUUUAUUAUGUCAACUUUUUCUUUUUCUUUUUCUUUCACUUCCCUUACUUUUUACGCCUUGUGAUGGGUGACAAACGGAUGACCAAACAGACACAGCAUUUCUCUCACAUAUACUUUGUCGAGGAGACCGGAGUUUUUUAGGAUAUACACUUAUUUUAUUCUCAUUAUAUUAUUUGUUUUUACUUGCUUUCUUCCUAGCCAUCUCCUUUUGUCUUGGUGUAGCUUUUUUCUGUUCCAUUUUUCCGUUUUGUUCUGUGUCCUUGAGCUUCUGCUUCUUCAGGAUUGCCUUUCGUGUUCAAGACUAAAUACCGAUUCAACUUGUCUUGAGCUAUAAGCUUGAAAGAUAGAGUAAAGAGAAAAAUGGAAUGUUUGGAUUGUUUUAUUGUUCGCCUUCUUCCCUCUAACCUUCACCCCUUCUUUAUUUUCUCUUCUAUUUUAUCUGAGAUGCAGGACCUGUUCUGGCUCCGGACAAUCCUUGGGCUUUAUACACGCCAUGACAGAGGUCCACAUGGGCCAUGGUUUCUGUCCGAUCCUAUGUGGAAUGGGUCUAUGAAAUCCUCUAGCCAGAGCGAACCUAGCUUGGCAUGGGAGGAGCUAUCAGAACGUCGAACAAUACGUACCAGAAAAGGCGAUGGAUGUCUGGCUCUGUCAGAUCGGGAAACUUUGGGCGAAAAGAGUUAUUCCAUUCAUCGUCAUAAUAAUUGCUAACUAGACCCAACUCCAGAUCAUCAUAUCUAGUUACAUCCAGUCGCUCUCUCGAUGGCAUAUUUCAUUCCGAGCAACGCUCCAAGGAUCAAAUUUCUCCUUUAAAGAGCGGCCCAUUUCAUUUCUCGGCUUCUACUUUUCCCUAGCGGGAAAACUACCUCCCCACAUUCGAUUCCCCCACUGUUUAUUAUUAUUGUUCAUUUCCAAGACGCCGCAACAAACGCUUCCAAAUCCUCCAUGAACAACUGCGGCUGUUCCAACGCUGCAAAAUGCCCGCCCUGGAAAAGAAUCAGCGUACCUAAAGUCAGCCCAACGACAUCCAUCCCAUCCCAAUUGAAAAAAAAGUAUGGACGAGGAAAAAAAGGACAAAAUAAAAGAGCCGGCCAUACAGAUAGAUAUGCGUACCUUGUCAUGUUCCUUAUAGAAUACCAUAUCACCCAAUUUCCCCGUCCAUGCUGCCGGUGUGGGACAGAUUUCCUUGGGGAAAUACGAAUACCCGAACGGCUUGUUCUGGGUUUGUGUCUCUAACAGCAGAGUCCGCUGGAAAUUUACUAGUGGUUAGUAUAGCAUCGAAACACAACCCCUGAAAUUCGCGAGAAAAAAAAUAAAUUUUAAGAAAUAAAAAUAAAAUAAAAAAUACUAACACUCCGAUACGGAUAAAUCCCUCUCCCCAUUGACUCCGUAAACCAAUACAGCGUCACGCAUCGCAAGAUCUCCUCCGUCGACAGCGGCUCGUCCGACCAGGCUAGGAACUUCUCGCCCACCCACGCCAGCAGCGCGAGCGGGCUAGUGCCCAGCAGGAGACCGAUGGUGCUGGGUCGCGUGCCGUGUGCCAUCGAAUAUGCGUUGCCUGUUCUCUUCCAUAGCUCGGCGCGCUGCAUGCCCGCCCGUUCUGAGUCGGUUAGGGACCCGUCGGUGGCGAUUCCGUCCGGGGGAGAGGUUAUGGUUGGUGUUGGGUAGAAGUUGAUGUGGAAGCCUGGUGGGUGGGUUGUGUUGUAUGUUGGUAUGGAUUUUUCUUUUUUCUUUUUUUUUUUUUUUUUCUUUUUUUUUUUUUUUUUUUUUUUUUUUUUUUGGAUUGGUGGAUUUGUGGUUCUUAGGGUAGAGAGGGAUGGGGGUUGAAGUUUCUUUUAUUAAUUUUAUUCUUGGGUUAUUUCUAUAUGACAUACCUUUGCACGCGUCAUAAAACUCACUCAUUCUCCUUGCAACCAUACUCCCGAUGUCACCACCUUGCACCAGAUAGCCUGAGGAUUCAAACCCAAGAUCCACCAUGAGCUGGUGCAUGAUCUUGGCUACAUCAUUUUGGUCGAAGUUGCGCGUUAGCGGGGGUGCGGAGGAGAAGGCGUAGCCGGGUAAGGAGGGGACGAUCAGAUGAUAAGGGAGGGUUUGAGGGGUGUAUUUCUCCUUCAUUAGGGUGAGGAGAGGGAGGUGUUCGAAAAAGCUUCCUGUUUUAUUGAGUGAUUUGGUUAGGUU